AUGAAGGUUUGGGAAGUUAUAGAGGAUUAUGAAGAUCCUGUGGAUGAGAAAGCUUGGACUGCUGUUGAAGUUGGCUGGACUGCUCCUAAAGGGAAUGAUAACAAUGACAAACCAAGGAGCAAGUGGACGAAUGGUGAUCAUAAUGCCUCAAAUGCAAAUCAAAAGGCUCUCAAUUCCAUACAAACUGCUAUUACAAUGGAAGUUUUUACUCUUAUUUGUGAGACCGCUAAGGAGGCAUGGGAUGUUCUACAAAAUACGUAUGAAGGAAAUUCAAAAGUUAAGAAACAGCGCCUUGAACAACUUACCACGAGAUUUGAGGAAUUGAAAAUAGAGGAUAAUGAAACUAUUAACAUGUUUCUUGCUAAACUUGUAGCAUUUUUGAAUGAGAGUUUUUCUCUUGGCGAAAGGUUAUCUAAAGAAAAACUUGUUCGGAAGGUUAUGAGAUCGCUGCCUGAACAGUUUGAUUAUAAGAUCACAGCAAUUGACGAAGCAAGAGAUGUGUCAGACAUGAAGCUUGAAGAACUAAUGGGAUCAUUGAUAACUUUCGAAAUGAAUUUUAGAACAGAAAAAUCAGACAAAAAGAAAAGCACAGCUUUGGCAGUUGAGUCUAGUAACAAGAACUCUGAGGCAACCACCAUGAAUCAAGAUGAACUAGUUGAAUCAUUUGCGUUAUUCACAAAGAAUUUUGGUAAAGCCUUCAACAGAUUCAAAAAGAAAGGCGGCAAUGCAAAGAAUUUCAACAAUUCAAAAAACUCUACUGGAAGUUCAAAUCAGAAUAAGAAAAAAUCAUCGUCCAGAACGGGAAUUCAGUGUCAUGAAUGCCAUGGUUUUGGUCACAUUCAAUCUGAAUGUGUCAAUACAUUGAAGAAACUUCAAAAGAAAAAUAAAUCAUUUAAUGUGUCUCAGAGUGAUGAAGAAUCCAAUGACAGUGGGAGUGAUUUUGAUGAAGAGUCUAUUGCUCUUUGGGCUAUAUCAGAGGUUCAACAUCAAAUUGAUUACACUGCAAAUCCUUUGGCUUUGGAAACAAAUUAUGAUAUGGAUGUAUAUGCAGAAGUUGUUACAGUUGCUUUCAUUGUCAGAGAAGAAAAAACUCAGAAAAAUACAUCCGAGAAUGUCACUAUGGAUACUGAUACAGACAGUGACUCUGAUGAAGCUAAUGACGUUUUUCUGGCUAAGAGUUAUGAAAUAAUGCAUCAGAAAUGUGUGGAUGCCAUUGAAGUGAAUAGGCCUCUAUCUGCUAAAUUAUCUGAAGUUACUGAAGAAAGAGAUUGA